AAUUAUUAAGCUCACUGAAAAAUUCCCGCGUCCCCCGAUUUGUGAGUUCCGCCUCAGUCCCAGUCAGUUUACCACACGUCCCGAUUCACUCACCGGGCUUGUGGAAUCUCGUGUCAUGCUUCAAGGUUCGAGCAUCCCACCUUCUUCCGCCGAUUCUAGGGUUUCAAUUUCCUCAUAAUAACCACCGUGAUGCUCUGACAAAGUAGUCGACUAGUGCGCGCGGCGGUUAGGUUUCCCGGCGGCGAUGAAGACGACGCAACUAUUUAAAGGUUCCAACGUCUUUAUGUCUCGGAAUCUGGUUCCUCCUGAAGUCUUCGAUACACUUCUCGAUGCUUUCAAGCUCAACGGUGCCGAAAUCUUCCUCUGCUGCGACCCCUCUCGGAGCGGUCCCUCCGAUUUUCAUGUCAUCGCUUCUCCCGAUCAUGAGAAAUUCAAGGAUCUUAAAGCCAAGGGUUGUAACUUGAUUGGUCCGCAAUGUGCCCUCUCCUGUGCAAAAGAGGGUAGACCGCUGCCACAAGGGGGAUUCACUUGUUGCCUAGCGAUGGAUGGUCUGAAAGUUCUUGCUUCUGGUUUCCUGAUGGAUGAGAAGGUCAAGAUCAGAGAGUUGGUUACUUCCAUGGGGGGAGUGUUUCUUUCCAAAUCUUCUUCUGAUGUCAACUUCGUCAUUGUCAAAAAUGUCUUGGCUGCUAAGUACAAGUGGGCUCUGAAUACUCAGAAGAAGCCAGUUGUUACACUGAAUUGGUUACAUCAGUGUUGGACCGAGCACCGUGUGGUUCCCCAGGAACCAUAUAAGGUUCCUCCUUUUUCUGGAUUGACAAUCUGUGUCACAAGAAUUCCAGGAGAUGAGCGUAAGGGAAUGGAGAAGGUUAUUUCAGAAUAUGGAGGGAGCUACUCUGGUGAGCUAACAAGGAGUUGUACACAUCUGAUCGCUGAUGCUGCUGAAGGUGACAAAUACAAAGUUGCUCGAAAAUGGGGUCACAUUCAAAUUGUCACACGGAAAUGGUUUCAGCAGUCCAUCGAUAGAAAAGUCUGUCUCAGUGAGGAGUCAUAUCCUGUUCUUAGUUCCAUACCCUUGGCACGAGGGUUGCGUGAUAUAGGAAUCCAUCAUAAUGUUCAAGAAAAGUUUCCUUUGCCCACAGCUGUGUCUGUGUCUGUGGCAGAUUCAUAUGCUUCUUGUGCUCAGUCUAGAGACUCAGAUAUAGAAGCUUCUGCCUCACAAAAUAUUUUUUCCACUUCCAUGAACCCCAGUACCGAUGUUAAAGAACCAAGUGAAGGCCCACAUACAAGGCCGCAAGAGCAAGAUAUUGAUGGUUGUACUGCCAGAGAUUCAGAAUCGGAAGACAAUGACCUGUACUUAUCAGAUUGUAAAUUUUUUCUGCUUGGUUUUGAAGCUUCUGAAAUGCGUAGACUUGUUAAGUUGGUCCGUAGAGGUGGUGGAUCCUGGUAUAUGCUGCUUAACGAAAGAAUGACUCAUAUUGUUGUUGGAACUCCUUCAGAGAGUGAGAAAAGAGAGGUGAGGAGUAUUGCAGCUUCUGGUGUCGUUCAAGUAGUCACACCCAGUUGGCUUGAAGAUUGUGAUCGUGAGAAAAAAGAAAUUCCAGUUCAUAAAAUAUAUAUUGCUAACCACUUGAUUCUUCCAAGAGAUUCUGCAUACUUGACCAAGGGAUCAUUUGAUUCAUCUUCAAGGAGUAUCAAUGUUUCAAAUGGGCCAGCAACUUCUCUGGGAAGUAAAGAAGCAGUGCAGGAAUUUGCCAGGAAAGAUGAGAUUCAUGCGGAAAGGAAAAUAGUAUCACCCAAGCAAAAAGAAACACUUAUUUCCCCUGUAACUAGUAAAAGAAAAGAACAGCAGAGUAAUCAAUGUGAAUUCAAUGGUCAAAACGUGAAUGAAACAAUGUCAUCUGUAUUUAAGGGGAAGACAUUUUGUUUCUCGCAUUCUUUUCCUGAAGAUCGGCGACCUGAAAUCUUGGAAUGGGUGAAUCAAGGUGGAGGAGAAGUGGUGGUGAAUGAUCCUUUGAUAAAUAGCGCAGAUUUUACUAUUGAAUCCCAUGGUGGGUUCCGAAGUGCCUGGACUACCCAAAUUAGCUAUGUCUCAAGUCAUUGGGUUCGAUCUUGUUUAGAGGAUGGUUGUUUACUUGCUGUUAGUAGUCAUAUCGUCUACUCACCUCUUCCAUGCCAGACACCUUUGCCUGGAUUCGAAAGAUUUUGCAUUUGUAGUUCCCAACAUGACGACAAGGAUAUAAAACUCCUGUCAAAUUUGUGUUAUGUACUUGGAGCAAAAUUUUUGAAAAAACUAACCAAGAAAGUGACUCACUUGCUAUGCCACUAUGCUAACGGACGUAAGUAUGAGACAGCUUCCAAAUGGGGAAUAGUUUCCGUGACACCUGACUGGGUUUAUGAAUGUGUUAGACAGAAUCAAGUUGUUAGUCCAGACAACUUCCAUCCAAAGGAAUUGACAACUCAAGACAGAGAAGCAGGUUCUGGCGCAAGUCAAUUUCAUACACAUUUUUUGCCAAUGUCCUCGAGGGACAAUGUGUCUCUACUUGUAAGCCACUCUGAUGAGAGGGAAUAUAUUCAAGAUUUUUCUGGCAAAAACGGUAAAGGUGAAGUAAGUAACAGACUUGGAGAAGCUGGAAGGGAACAGACUUUUCCGUCUAAGAAGGCAAAACUUUUCAAAGAUGGUCAAGAAAGUGAUGUGUCUCUACUUGUAAGCCACUCUGAAGAGAGGGAAUAUAUUCAAGAUUUUUCUGGAAAAAACUGUAAAGGUGAAGUAAAUAACAGACUUGGAGAAGCUGGAAGGGAACAGACUUUUCCGUCUAAGAAGGCAAAACUUUUCAAAGAUGGUCAAGAAAGUCAUGUGUCUCUACUUGUAAGCCAAUCUGAAGAGAGGGAAUAUAUUCAAGAAUUUUCUGGCAAAAACGGUAAAGGUGAAGUAAAUAACAGACUUGGAGAAGCUGGAAGGGAACAGACUUUUCCGUCUAAGAAGGCAAAACUUUUCAAAGAUGGUCAAGAAAGGCAUGUGUUUUCUGUGGGAGAGCCUCCAAGCAAUUGUGAUCGCCCUUCGAAGUCCGGAGAAGGCAAUGUCUCUGGAAAUGAUACAGCAAGUAGUCGUGAAGAUCCAGAUGUGGCUGAUACUAUUGAGGAUCUGGUGGAGCAGGCAAGUAAAUUUCAAGAUCAGAAGUCUCCUGGGAGGAUUUCAGAAAAGACUCUUUUUUCAACUAGUGAACAAUACAAUACGGGAAAUCACUCUGUCACUGGGCUGUCUAGACACUGGAUAAACAGGGUACAUAAGAAUGACGACAUGGGCAGUCCUCCAGGAAAAGUAACUACAGGCACUUACGGAAACUUUAGUGAGACGCAGACAGAAUCGCAGGUUGUUAGUUACGAGGAAGAUCUUUCAGGAAGGCAGAUGCUUAUAGACAGAGUUAGAACACGAAGCAGCAUAACGUAAAGAGACAAGGGGAGGUGCUCGUUGAGAUAGAAACAGCAAACGUGUGUCAGCGUACUGAUGAGAAGUACAGUGUAGUGUUGGAAAAACAUCCAUUAAAGAGAGAAUAGCCACAUCAAACAAUAUAUGCAGAUGACAGUUCUUUUUCUUUUCCUUUUUGAUAUAGUACAGUGUAAUAUUUCAAAAACAUCCAUUAAAGAGACAAUAGCCACAUCAAACAAUAUAUAUGCAGAUCACAGUUCUUUUUCU